AUGGCCAUCGCAGCAAUUCCCCGUGGGCCAGUAACGGCCAAGCUCAAUUUCUAUAAGCCGCCAGCUGACGGCGCAAAGCCAUUCAACUACGUCGAGACGCCUCCUGAGGGAGAGCCGCAAAGGAAUUAUUCUGAUGAGACAGCCGAGGUCACAAUCAACGAUGUUCGCGGUCGCGAGGACCAGUACACCCUCGACAAGGAUGCCUUUGCCAUAGUGAAAGAUGUGCCGCCUUCCAAGGAGCAAGACUUCGCUGACGACAAGUCUAUUGAGGCAAACUACUACCCCGAGCUGGAGGAACUGCUCUUGAAGCAUGUUCCUGGAGCUUACAAGGUCGUCUUCUUCGACCAUACCAUCCGCCGAGCGGACCCCAACGCCCACCGAAAUCCAGUGAAUCGUACACAUAUAGAUCAGACCAGUACCUCGGCCGUACUACGUGUCAAACGUCACUUAGGAGACGAUGCCGAGAAACUUCUGGCCGGCCGAUACAGAAUCAUCAACGUCUGGCGACCCCUAAAUAAAAACCCUGUCGAGUCCUUCCCUCUUGCAUUCGCAUCAUCAAACACAGUUGAGGAUAGCGAUAUCAUUCCCAUCGAGCAUCGUUAUAACAAUGGUUACACUGGUGAGACAGCAGGUAUAAGGUAUAAUCCUGGUCAAAAAUGGAACUACCUGAGCGGUAUGACGGGCAAUGAGCGACUUCUCCUGGAAUGCUUCGACAGCGAAGGGUUGAAGAAGGGUUCUGGUGUCGAAGGCGGUAGGCUGGCACAUACAGCUUUCGAGGAUCCGCGUACUCGUCCCGAUGCGGAGGGUCGUGAAAGCAUUGAGGUCCGGACUCUUGUCUUUGGGCCUUGA